AUGUCACCCGCUUCAACUCAAGAUUCCCUUGCUUUUGCAGACUCAGCGCAGCCGCCUGUUUCCGAACCCGCCUCCGGCAAAGAUAUUUACCUUCCUCACAAAGCCACGCUAGGUUUCAAGUCUUCUGCGCAACAGAAUGGCGUGCGACCAAACCAAUUAGAUCUGCCGCAAUUGCCUUCGACCCCAAUGCAAGACAGUCUUCCAUCCACCGAGUCGGAAUUCUCUGGUACUGCAUCACCCGCUACAUCUGGCUUUGCUGCUGCUUUUGCUCCUUCUUCCCCAGCUUCUCCCAGCGCACUGAUCGCUUCUACUCCUGCCUCUUCCAACGCUUGCUCUCCACUCGAAGAGCUCGAAGAAGCAGAUAUGCUUAAAAACAACGCAGCAUCAACUACAGCCACCACAUCGGAAGAGCCCAAAGCACUCUUUGACCAAUGGAGACCAACUUCGCACCUCCUCGGCCCGCAUGGAUGGAUGAACGAUCCUUGCGGUCCCUCUUAUGACUCACGUACAGGUCUCUACCAUCUCUGGUAUCAGUGGAAUCCAAAUGCCUCCACGUGGGGCAGCAUCUGCUGGGGACAUGCGUACAGUCUAGACAUGAUUCACUGGACUUCGCGUCCACGACCUGUCAUCGUCCCUGGCGGCAACAGCGACCACGAAGGAAUCUUUACCGGUUGCGUCCUCCAACGUUCACCGCUUGGAACAGCCGAAGAAGCAGCCGAGACAGGCGAAAUGACCGCCAUUUACACUGCCGUCUCCCAGCUCCCCAUCCAUCACACCCUACCUUACAACUACGGAAGUGAAAAAGUCGUCCUCUCCACCUCUUCUGAUGGAGGCGAGACCUGGAUUCCACAAGGUGUAGUGCUCAAUGGUCCACCAGAGCAUCUCGACGUCAUUUCUUGGCGUGAUCCUUAUACCGCUCCCUGGCCCUUGCUCGAUAGCCUUCUGGGUCGGGAAGGCAAUCCUGGGCUGUACGCACUCAUCGCAGGCGGAAUUCGAGAUACGACACCCACCAUCUUUGCUUAUUCCAUCAACCCUACCGAUCUCAGCCAAUGGACUUACAUCGGCACACUAGCUGACGUGGGUCCCAACCACAAAGCUGCUCCUUACGGUGUCGAUCUCGGGAAAAACUGGGAAGUUGCCAACUUUUUCGCCAUCCCCGAUCCUCACUCCUCGGCAGAGGCUGAAUAUCUUUUGAUUAAUGUUGAGGGAUGUACUGAGCCUGGACCGGCACGUGCACCUGUCUAUAUCAAGCUGGAUCUCGAAGCAACUCAGAUGCAGCAGCCGGAUGGGAUCCGAUUGCAGCCUGGCCAUGUUGGGUUGCUCGAUCAUGGUUGUCUCUAUGCUGCUAGUAGCUUUCAUGACGAGAAGCACGAUCGUAGGAUCGUGUGGGGUUGGAUUACUGAGGAUGAUUUGCCAGAGGAUUACUACAAUACCCAAGGUUGGGCUGGAUUGAUCUCGUUACCGAGAGAAAUGUUCCAUCAUCCUACUUCGAGCGAGUUGGGCAUUAGGCCUGCUGAGGAGGUCUUCAAGCUGCGUCAGGGUGCACAGCACAUCGCUCUUUCUACUCAAGAUUUGGAACCAACCACUCUGAUCGAACUGAUAGAAGCUGCGAUGGGUGGUGCGACGGAGUUAGCCGCAGCAAAGGUCGAGGCGGUUGCCAGCCGAUCCUAUGAGAUCGAAAUGGAUUUGACUCCAGCUCAACCAGGGAUCGUAGUUGCUCACAGUGACGACCUUUACACUCGCACCCUCAUCUACAUUUCCGACCAUGGUCAGCUCGUUGUCGAUCGCACACACUCUGCAGGCAAAACAUCGGUCAUCGCAAAGGACAUCAAGGUCAACACUUCAACCCUCUACGCUCCCGUCUCGUCGACACAGAGCGGCAGUCACAAGUUGAGGCUGUUCAUGGACAACUCGGUGCUUGAGAUCUUUGCCGAUGAUCUCGUUGCACUUUCUACCCGUGUUUAUCCCGAUGCUGAGGAUGUUGGGCUUUCCAUCCUUGUUCAGCCUGCUGCUGGUGGUGCAGCGGGCGAGAUCAACAUCUGGGCAGGUCUUGAUCGAGCUAUCCUUGCUUAG